GAAUAUCUCAUCCUUAUGACGAUAUUUGCGAACUGCGUCGCUCUGGCCGUUUAUACGCCGUACCCUUAUGGCGAUUCCAAUGUGACCAAUCAAUACUUGGAGAAGAUAGAGUACGUUUUUCUUGUGAUUUUUACGGUGGAGUGCGUGAUGAAGAUCAUAGCUUACGGCUUCGUCGCGCAUCCAGGAGCUUACCUCCGCAACGGCUGGAACUUGCUGGAUUUCACGAUAGUCGUGAUUGGAAUGAUAAGCACGGUGUUAACGAUACUGAUGAAGGAGGGUUUCGACGUCAAGGCCUUAAGGGCGUUUCGCGUUCUGCGUCCUCUCAGGCUGGUUUCCGGUGUUCCAAGUCUUCAGGUGGUCCUAAACUCCAUUUUGAGGGCGAUGGUACCACUUUUGCACAUUGCUUUAUUAGUUCUCUUCGUCAUCAUCAUUUACGCUAUCAUCGGCCUCGAGCUAUUCUCCGGGAAGAUGCACAAAACAUGCCGGCACAACAUAACCGGCGAGUUAAUGGAAGAUCCGGUACCAUGCGAUCCCGGAGGGUACCAGUGCUCUCGGGUCGGACCCGACUAUCACUGCAGCAAGCAGUACUGGGAGGGCCCGAACUUCGGCAUCACGAAUUUCGACAAUUUCGGACUGGCCAUGCUCACGGUCUUCCAGUGCAUCACCCUCGAGGGCUGGACGGAAGUGCUUUAUAAUAUCGAGGAUGCGAUGGGAAGUUCGUGGCAGUGGAUAUACUUCAUUUCGAUGGUCAUCCUUGGGGCUUUCUUCGUGAUGAAUCUAAUUCUCGGUGUGUUGUCCGGUGAAUUUUCCAAGGAGAGAGAGAAGGCGAAGGCGCGCGGCGACUUUCACAAGCUCAGGGAGAAACAGCAGAUCGAGGACGAUCUCAGGGGUUACCUCGACUGGAUAACGCAGGCCGAGGAUAUCGAGCCGGAGACCGACGAGCCGAAAAUGCAAGAUGGGAAAACUAAGCAGCAAAACGAAAUAGAGAGUACGGACCAAUUGGAGGGUGACGAGGAAGGGAUUCAGCAAGAGUCUUUUUACAAAAAGAAGAAACGGGACUUAGAAAGAGUGAACAGGCGGAUGCGAAGAGCCUGUAGGAAGGCUGUGAAGUCCCAGGUCUUCUAUUGGCUCAUCAUAGUUCUGGUCUUCUUGAAUACCGGCGUUCUCGCCACGGAGCACUACAGUCAGCCGUCCUGGUUGGACCAAUUUCAAGAAAUUACAAACAUGUUUUUCAUCGUGCUGUUCUCCAUGGAGAUGAUAUUAAAAAUGUACAGUUUAGGCUUUCAGGGUUAUUUCGUUUCGUUGUUCAAUCGUUUCGAUUGCUUCGUCGUGAUCGGCUCGAUCACCGAAAUGAUACUUACACGUACACGUAUAAUGCCGCCUCUUGGCGUUUCCGUACUCCGUUGCGUCCGGCUGCUCAGGGUAUUCAAAGUGACGAAAUAUUGGAGAUCACUGUCGAAUUUAGUGGCCUCUUUAUUGAACUCGAUACAAUCGAUCGCCUCGCUGUUGCUUCUGCUUUUCCUUUUCAUUGUGAUCUUCGCUCUUCUGGGCAUGCAGGUCUUCGGUGGGAAGUUCAAUUUCAGUGACAUGGAGGAAAAGAAGCGUUACAAUUUUGACAGCUUUUGGCAGAGCCUGCUCACUGUAUUUCAGAUAUUAACCGGCGAGGACUGGAACGCUGUGAUGUACGUCGGGAUUCGAGCUUACGGCGGCGUCGCCAGUAUCGGCGUGCUCGCCUGUGUUUAUUUCAUUAUCCUCUUCAUAUGCGGCAAUUAUAUCCUCUUGAACGUGUUCUUGGCUAUCGCCGUCGACAAUCUCGCUGAUGCCGAGUCCCUGACUGCCAUCGAAAAGGAGGCCGAGGAGGAGGCGGAAAAAAAUAAAUCUCGCAGCGGCUCACCAGCAAGGGACGAAAUCAGCGGCGAGGGUGGCGAUGACGGUGGCGAGGGGACCGGCGGAGAGGACGAGGGCGCCGGUACAGAUCUCGAACACGAUCCUAAUGAGACAAUGGAGGACUACGAGGCCGCACUCGAUACCGAAACGUCUGAGAAAAGUGAGGAUAUGAAUACGCAUAAGGUGCGACUCAACGUUGAGUCUGACGAAGAAGUGGAGGAAGAGGAAGAGGAGGAAGGUGAGCCAGAAGAAAUGCAAGAUGACGGACAGGAAGUGACGGCUAGACCGCGAAGGAUGUCCGAGUACAACACGCCCGCCAAGAAGGAACCGAUCCCGGCCGGCUCAGCAUUCUUUAUUUUUUCAAGCACUAAUAGGUUUCGUGUGUUCUGCCAUUGGUUCUGCAAUCAUAGUUACUUCAGCAACGUGAUAUUGAUUUGCAUUAUGAUUUCCUCCGCCAUGUUGGCCGCCGAGGACCCACUGAGAAGCCAGUCGGACAGAAAUAAGAUACUGAACAACUUUGACUACUUCUUCACUGCAGUUUUCACGGUCGAGAUCUGCCUCAAAAUGAUCUCGUACGGCUUCGUCAUUCACAAGGGCGCAUUUUGCCGGUCGGCUUUCAAUCUGCUCGAUCUUCUCGUCGUUUGCGCUUCUCUCCUCUCUAUGACACCCAACGCCUCUGGCGCAUUCUCUUUCAUCAAAGUGCUCCGAGUGCUUCGUGUACUGAGGCCGCUGCGUGCUAUCAAUCGCGCUAAGGGAUUAAAGCACGUAGUACAGUGCGUCAUCGUAGCGGUAAAGACUAUCGGAAACAUAGUCCUCGUCACCAGCCUCCUGCAGUUCGUGUUCGCCGUCAUUGGCGUACAGCUCUUCAAGGGCAAAUUUUUCUAUUGUACCGAUGCAUCGAAAAUGACGGAGGACGAGUGUCAGGGUACUUAUUUGGAAUUCGAAAACAGUAAUAUUAACAGGCCGAUUGUACAACAGAGAGAAUGGAAGCUGCAUCGUUUUCAUUUCGAUAACGUAGCCAAGGCGAUGUUGACCCUUUUUACAGUCUCGACUUUCGAAGGUUGGCCAUCACUGUUAGAGUGGUCAAUCGACUCGAACCAAGAAAAUCAUGGACCAAUUCAUAACUUUCGGCCGAUAGUGGCCGCCUACUACAUCAUCUACAUCAUUAUCAUCGCGUUCUUCAUGGUGAACAUCUUCGUCGGUUUCGUUAUUGUCACCUUUCAGAACGAAGGCGAGCAAGAGUACAAAAACUGCGAGCUCGAUAAAAAUCAGAGAAAUUGCAUCGAGUUCGCGCUGAAAGCUAAGCCAGUGCGCCGAUAUAUACCGAAACAUCGAAUACAGUACAAAGUCUGGUGGUUCGUCACUUCCCAACCGUUCGAGUAUACAAUAUUCACGCUAAUUAUGAUCAACACCGUGACGCUUGCAAUGAAAUUUUACCGGCAACCGGAGAUGUACACGGAUGUCCUGGAUGUUCUCAACAUGGUCUUCACCGCCGUGUUCGCCCUUGAGUUUGUGUUUAAGUUGGCCGCAUUUCGAUUUAAGAAUUACUUCGGUGAUGCGUGGAAUGUAUUCGACUUUAUUAUCGUGCUCGGAAGUUUCAUCGAUAUCGUUUAUUCGGAAGUUAACCCUGGAUCCACCAGCAUCAUUUCCAUCAAUUUCUUUAGGCUGUUUCGCGUAAUGAGAUUGGUCAAGCUACUGAGCAGGGGGGAAGGAAUCCGAACACUUUUGUGGACGUUUAUCAAGUCCUUUCAGGCUCUGCCUUAUGUCGCUCUUCUCAUCAUUAUGCUUUUUUUCAUUUAUGCUGUGAUAGGCAUGCAGGUCUUUGGAAAGAUCGCGAUAAACGACGACACCGAGAUAAAUCGCAAUAAUAAUUUCCAGUCCUUUCCGCAGGCCGUGUUAAUUCUGUUUAGAUCGGCAACAGGCGAGGCGUGGCAAGAAAUAAUGAUGGAUUGUUCGUCGCAAGAGGAAGUUAAAUGCGAUGAUAACAGCGACGAAAUCGACAAGAAUAGUUGCGGAUCGGACAUUGCAUUUCCUUACUUCAUAUCUUUCUAUGUGCUCUGUUCAUUUCUCAUUAUCAACCUCUUCGUUGCCGUUAUCAUGGACAACUUCGACUACUUGACGAGAGAUUGGUCGAUUCUCGGGCCGCACCACUUGGACGAGUUUAUUCGCCUGUGGUCCGAAUACGAUCCCGACGCCAAGGGGCGAAUUAAACAUCUCGACGUAGUAACGUUACUACGGAAAAUAUCGCCGCCCUUGGGUUUCGGAAAGCUGUGUCCCCACAGGGUAGCUUGCAAGAGACUCGUCUCAAUGAACAUGCCGCUGAACAGCGACGGCACCGUAUUGUUCAACGCGACUUUGUUUGCCGUCGUGAGGACGUCGCUAAGGAUUAAGACGGAGGGCAACAUUGACGACGCGAAUGCCGAACUUAGGGCGGUGAUCAAGAAGAUCUGGAAGAGGACUAGCCCGAAGCUUCUCGAUCAAGUCGUACCACCGCCCGGAGUGGACGACGAGGUGACGGUCGGCAAGUUUUACGCGACCUUCCUCAUCCAGGACUAUUUCCGUCGAUUCAAAAAACGCAAGGAGCAGGAAAUGAAGGACGGUGACAGAGAUUGUCACAACACCGUGACUCUUCAGGCCGGAUUAAGAACGUUACACGAAGCUGGCCCCGAAUUAAAACGCGCGAUUUCCGGUAAUUUGGAAGAACUCCUCGACGACAAUCCGGAACCUAUGCACAGGAGAAAUCACUCGCUCUUUGGCAGCGUGUGGUCCAGCAUGCGAAGAGGACACCAUUUCCAUAGAGCGAAAUCGUUGAAGGUUAACUCCGCCGCUGCGAAGGCUUCCCCGACCAAUUCCAUAGAUUUUCUACCAUAUGCCUCGUUACGGAGGACCGCCGUCACGGAUGUCACCAGACAAAUCGCUCACCAAAUUGUGCCAAAUGUAGCGGGUGGUCUAAGCGACGGCGCGAUGAACCAGUUGGGAGCUGACCUGCGACUGACAGGGGCCGAAGAGAAUAUACCUCUGAGACCGCUCGCUGCCCUCGGCAAUCCGGCGCAACAGACGUCUUACAAAGUGGUCGAUGGAUCGGGUAGCGGUAACUAUCUCCAUCCCAAUAGCGAAUAUGUUUCCUGGACCAGAGAGAGUAACGGAAGCGUCGGCGCAGAGCGCCUGUCCCACAGUAUGCCCGGCAGUCCCGCGGACCGGAAACCGAAUUUUGAGGUCGUUGGAAGCGCGGAGAGUCUCGUCGGUCGGGUCCUGGUGGAGCAAGGACUGGGGAAAUUCUGUGAUCCGGAUUUCGUACGGUACACGUCGCGCGAGAUGCAAGAGGCGUUAGACAUGACGCGCGAGGAGAUGGACCAGGCGGCUCACCAGCUGCUCCUGCAGGAGCGACGCGGCCAACCGUUGACCUAUCAGCUGCAACAGGGCGCGGAGCAGCAGCAGCAGCAGCAGCAGCAGCAGCUGCAGCCGUGGAGCGGCCAGCAACAGACCACGACCGGCAUCGGUUACCAACCGUUACAGGACCAGCCACCGAGUCAGCCGGUCUAUCGCCAGCUGCACUCUUCCAGCUACCGUCAUCGCGACAGUAACCGGCAGCAGCAACAACAACAGCAGCAGCAGCAGCCGCAGCAACAGCAGCAGCAGCAGCAGCAGCAGCAGCAGCGACAACCACCGUCCUAGCAGGACGAGAAACUCGCCGCGACGCGAACGUCGUCCACGUAACCCGAAACUUCCUACUCCCCCUCAUCGGGAGUAGUCGCCGAAGGACCGAAAUCGUCAGUUAACAUGAAGUAACUGCGAGGAAUCACCGCGAUCUUCGACGGGAUCUGAAUCGAUUGGCGCGUCUUCGAUGGAUUCAGACUGCGUGGGAUUCAAUCGUCAUAUUGUUGUUGCUCGAAGAGCGACAAAGACGCUUUGUAAACUGUUCUGAAUAUGUAUAGUUAUAGUUAGAUGCGGAUCGAGAGAUGCCACUCGAGAGACAGAACGCCGGUUUAGUCUAGGGAAAAGCGAAGUCGCGACGGAAAGCGACCGCUCGUUGUCGGGAUGUCCACUCCGUGGUGGUACGCCAAAGAACGUGUAUUUUCGUUCGAGUGAAUAUUUUCUAACCAGGCGCGGUUGUUCAUCCGGCACUUUUUGAGUCAGCUCGCGAUUCCUAACUUGGCGCGAUAUCUCGGACGAGAUGCGUGCGAGUUGCGAUACUGCGGAGCAAGUUGCUGUUUGUUUAGGCACAAGGAUCUGUAGACUUUUAAGAUGUAUUUUCGCCACGACGGAAGAUCAGGAUGAUCCAAGAAUCCGUCGCCGCGCGGAGCUUCGUUUUUUGAACGUCGGACGACAUUAAAAAAUCGACGGAGCAUCCCGGGACUUGGGCUCCCGACGGAAUUGAGUUUACUUCUCUAGAAAGUCCUCUAGAGAUUUGCCAUUGUUCCCGUUUAACGUUGAUCUCCGUUUUCGGUUUGACUCGUGAUCAAGGGCGAACGCCGCGUGUACUUCGUGCAGAAAAUAGACGAAUUAAAAUGAAAGAAAAAGGAAAUUUUAUUUUAUGACACUAAAUUUUUCUCAUUAUCAAUUUUAGCGGUUUGACAUUUUUGAAAUAGCAUUUAGUUUAAUCUGUAUAAAAGGCGUUUGGGAACAAUUAAUUAGAAAUUCAGAAAGUAAAUUUCUUCCUUUGCACGAUUAUGAGAUUAAAGUAAACUUCGUGUCGGUAUUCAAAAGAAGUACAGAAACUGAGGAAUAUUUAAAAUUAAAUUUAAAACUUUUCACGUUGAAAAUUAAGUCGAAUCUUAUAUGGAAAUGGAUUUCUCUAAA